GGAGGUGUCUGCUGCAAGUUCCUGGCUGCUUCUGAGCUCACCCCAUCCUCCGAGAGGGAGGAGGCCAAGUGGUGAUGCUGCUGCUUCUGCCGCUUCGAUUGCUGAUACUCCAGUGAGGGCUGGAAGGGUGGUUCCUAUUAGCACCGUCGCCAACCAGAGAGGGAGGGGAAGAAAUCCCGGCAGCCGCUGCUGAUGUUGGGUUCGGAGGCUGCAUCCGACUCGGUCACAAGGAAAAUGGAUUCAGUUUGCAUCUUUCCUUCCUUUCAACAGCUUCUCCGGAUCUCAGCAUGGGCUUCCAGGGCAGAGGCUGAGGAGACCUUCCCGAGGAGCAACACGCAGUAGCUGCUGAGCCAUCGCACCCAGGAGAAGCCGCAGGAACAUGGCAGCCCCUGCUUGAGAGGAACUCAACACCAACAGACUCCAUUCAGAAAGGAAUAAUGUCCAAGAAAGGGCGAAAUAAGGGCGAGAAGCCCGAGGCGCUCAUUGUCGCCCUUCAAGCUGCCAACGAAGACCUCAGGACCAAGCUCACAGACAUCCAGAUAGAGCUGCAUCAGGAGAAGUCCAAGGUAUCUAAACUCGAACGAGAGAAGACUCAAGAAGCCAAGAGGAUCCGCGAGCUGGAGCAGCGCAAGCACACGGUCCUGGUGACGGAACUCAAAGCCAAGCUCCACGAGGAGAAGAUGAAGGAGCUGCAGGCCGUGCGGGAGAAUCUCAUCAAGCAGCACGAGCAGGAAAUGGCCCGGACAGUUAAGGUGCGGGAUGGCGAGAUCCAGAGGCUCAAGUCAGCGCUGUGCGCGCUCCGGGACGGCAGCAGCGACAAAGUAAGGACAGCGCUCACCAUCGAGGCCCGUGAGGAGGCCCGGAAACUGUUCGAUGCCGAGCGCCUUAAGCUCUUACAGGAGAUUGCGGACCUGAAAACGGCCAAGAAGCAGGUGGAUGAGGCGCUGAGCAACAUGAUCCAAGCAGAUAAAAUCAAGGCUGGGGACCUCAGGAGUGAGCAUCAGUCCCACCAGGAAGCCAUCUCCAAGAUCAAGUGGGAGUCGGAACGGGAUAUUCGGAGGCUGAUGGAUGAGAUCAAAGCCAAGGACAGGAUCAUCUUUUCUCUGGAAAAGGAACUGGAGACCCAAACAGGCUAUGUACAGAAGCUCCAGCUCCAGAAGGAGGCUUUGGAUGAACAGCUCUUUCUGGUCAAGGAGGCUGAAUGUAACAUGAGCAGUCCGAAACGAGAAAUCCCAGGAAGGGCAGGAGACGGCUCUGAACACUGCAGCAGUCCGGAUUUGCGAAGAAAUCAAAAGAGAAUAGCUGAGUUGAAUGCCACGAUAAGAAAAUUAGAAGACAGGAAUACCUUGCUUGGAGAUGAACGAAAUGAAUUGUUAAAGCGUGUGCGGGAAACCGAAAAACAAUGCAAACCUCUUCUGGAAAGGAACAAGUGCCUCGCCAAGAGAAAUGAUGAACUGAUGGUGUCUUUGCAGCGCAUGGAAGAGAAACUAAAAGCCGUUACCAAGGAAAAUUCAGAAAUGAGAGAAAAAAUCACAUCCCAUCCACCCUUGAAGAAAUUAAAAUCUCUAAAUGACCUCGACCAAGCUAAUGAAGAACAAGAGACAGAGUUUCUAAAACUUCAGGUCAUUGAGCAACAGAACAUUAUUGAUGAGCUCACAAGGGACCGGGAAAAGCUCAUUCGUAGAAGAAAGCAUAGAAGAAGUUCCAAGCCAAUUAAGAGGCCUGUUUUGGACCCAUUUAUUGGCUAUGAUGAGGACUCCAUGGAUUCAGAAACAUCAUCAAUGGCCUCAUUUAGAACAGACCGAACACCAGCUACUCCUGAUGAUGACUUGGAUGAGAGUUUGGCAGCUGAAGAAUCUGAGCUGAGAUUCCGACAAUUAACAAAAGAAUACCAGGCUCUCCAAAGAGCAUAUGCCCUCCUGCAGGAGCAGACUGGAGGCAUCAUUGAUGCUGAAAGAGAAGCCAAGGCUCAAGAACAACUCCAGGCUGAGGUGCUAAGGUAUAAAGCCAAAAUAGAAGAUCUGGAAGCGACUCUGGCUCAAAAAGGGCAGGAUUCACACUGGGUAGAAGAUAAACAACUUUUCAUUAAGAGAAACCAGGAGCUUUUAGAAAAGAUAGAAAAACAAGAGGCAGAAAAUCACCGUCUCCAACAGGAACUACAGGAUGCCAGAGACCAGAAUGAGCUGCUGGAGUUUCGAAACCUAGAACUAGAAGAAAGAGAGAGACGAUCCCCUCCAUUUAAUCUACAAAUUCACCCAUUCUCAGAUGGUGUGAGUGCUCUCCAGAUCUACUGUAUGAAAGAAGGUGUCAAGGAUGUGAAUAUCCCUGAUCUCAUAAAGCAGCUUGAUAUCUUGGGUGAUAAUGGGAAUUUAAGAAAUGAAGAGCAAGUGGCUAUAAUUCAGGCCAGCACUGUGCUGUCCCUGGCAGAAAAGUGGAUCCAGCAAAUUGAAGGAGCAGAGGCUGCCCUGCACCAGAAAAUGAUGGAAUUGGAAAGUGACAUGGAACAAUUCUGCAAAAUCAAAGGCUAUCUGGAGGAAGAGCUAGACUACAGGAAACAAGCCCUCGACCAAGCAUAUAUGAGAAUCCAGGAACUAGAAGCAACCUUGUACAAUGCUCUGCAGCAAGAAACUGUUAUUAAAUUUGGUGAAUUAUUAAGUGAAAAGCAGCAGGAGGAGCUGAGGACGGCAGUGGAAAAGUUACGGCGGCAGAUGCUGAGGAAGAGCAGAGAGUACGACUGUCAGAUUCUCCAGGAGAGAAUGGAGCUCUUACAGCAGGCCCAUCAGAGAAUUCGUGACUUAGAAGAUAAAACAGACAUCCAGAAAAGACAAAUAAAGGACCUAGAAGAAAAGUUUCUGUUUCUAUUCUUGUUCUUCUCUCUUGCCUUCAUUCUAUGGCCUUGAUGUCAAGGUGCCUCUUACAGAGAAACCGAAAACACGGAUAAGACCGCAGAAAAGCAAAUACUUCUAAACCUUCAAAGAUGGCAGAAAUGUUUACAGCAGUGAAAGGGAGAUCAAAAGCUAAGACCCAUCCUGUAGCCAGGACUACACCUGUGUAUUUUAAAGCCAUUAUUCAAGGUUUCUUACUUGACAGUUCCUACAUGACCCUGUUGAAAAUCUACAAUAUAUGCUGCAUUUAAUGAAACCUGUAUAUGUCAAACCAGAAGGAAAGAACUAUAGACAUAUAUUGUGUGAAAGAAAACAAUUCAGCAAGGGAAACAGUUUCAGCAGAUCAAGCAAAGAUGUGUCUUGGGCAUGGAACCAAAGUUACAAAGAAACAUUCUACCCCUGCUGUGCAGGGGGGGUCAUUUUAAUGUAACACCACACCCCAUGGAAAUACUAGUCCUGAAAUAAACAUCAUUUAAAAAAAAUCAAAACAAAAAGAUAAGGGGGGUGGGGAUCGAAGCACGAGGAAUACCUAUGAGGAGCUGUUUACAAUAAAAUGUUUGAUUUGAAAAGUCUGGUUUCUUACUACAGGGAUUUGCUUUUCUGUCUUUAUUAUUGUUUAAACCUCAGGAACAGAGACAUCUGCAAUGUGAGUGAGAAGAAAAACAGUGUCCGGUUUUUCUGCAAACAGUGGAGCUUGUGGAACGCAUUCCACACAUGACAGAUGAGAAGUGGAUCACAGUGACCCCGACUAAACUGGCAACCAGUGUGAAAGGUCCAGGCGAAGGCAACAUAAGAUGCAUAAGAGCAGAUGCUUCCUUGGCUUUCUGUGGUCUUCCAAGAACAACAAACUGAUCUCAUUCUUAUUGAAAAUUAAGAAGAUGACGCUCUAGAUCACAAGCUCCCUGACAGUGCUGUCUAAGAAUGCCACCGACUAUAGGGCCAGAGGCAUCUCUGAAUCUUUCCAUUUCCAAAAUACUGGUCUUCAAAUGGCUGCUUAAAAUUGCCUGCAAAUAACGUGUGAUUUGAUACAAAUAGAGGUGAUAAGUAAACUUCUAUCAACAAAUGAAUUUUCCACAGAGAUGUGACUAUUAAGUGAAAAUAUGAUUAUUUUUAGAAGUAUCCUGAUAUGCUUAGAGCAUUCUGACCUCUUGUUAUUUAGACUGACAAUUUUUUUUUCCCAGAGAUAUGACAGCAACAAGGUAGCUCUACUUUUUUAUAUAAAAGUAACAUUCUGUUACUGAGAAGGUCAUUUUCUACCAUAGACAAUUAGAAGACUGGUACUUUUCCUAAGUUAUGUAAUACUGAGUCUUGGAUUCAGCUCUGAGAGCAAAUAAAGUUCCUAAAAAGCUAAUUUUAGCCUCAUUUACUGUAGAUAACAAAACAGCCUCAAUGUUUCAAAUUGUCAAGAUUUUAUUUACAGGGCUAGCAUUCCCAUGCAUUAAGAAUGUGUGUAGGGAGCCAGAAACUCUUUCUAUGAAAUGCUACACAAGUCUUUCCAUACGUGGAUUCAGUAUCUUCUUCUUCAGUUUUGGCGCUGGCAUUUUUAAAGCCAGAACAGUGACUGAAGAAAGUACAAUUAAGGCUACAAUGCAGGGGUCCCACUUUUUGUUCUUAUAUUUACCGCUGACCCAGGUAUCUUUGGCCCAGUCACUUAACCUCUCUGUGCCUCAGUUUCCUCAUCUGCAAAAUGAGGUUAAAAUGCUUUUUCAUAAGGUUUUUCUUUCUUUCUUUUUUGCAAUUCUGGAACAAGAGGUGCUUAAAGUAGCACAAAGUGCUUUGUAAUUAUGAUGACUGCUAUAUCUGACUUUCCUGUGUUGUUGAGAAAAAGAGUCCCCUGUGUAAUAAAAUAGUGCUUCAGUUUCAUUCAGUCUAAGCACCGCGGUACUGAAGCUUUCCCAUCAAUUACUAGCAAUAAAGAUUGAGCGAUCCAAAACCAGGAGCUCUAAUCACCUGUAGUAAAUAGAUCAUUUUCAUGCUAUUUAACAAGAUAGAAGAAUGUGUCAUUUCAACAAUAAGCAUCUUCUAGCUCUCCUUACUGCAUAUGCAUGCCAUAAUACAGAAGUCCUCCCUUAUCAUAAGAGAGUCAGACAUGAAAUUAAGGUUUGGAGUGAACUGAGAGUAUCACAUAAUUAGUCUGAUGGAUAUCCCUUUCAUUUGGGGGGAGGUCUUGUAGAUGUCCUACUGGGGAUGUACAAUGUACCCAUCCUUCUGCUGGAUUCUCUGUUCAACAGGUAGUUUCCAUAUUAAGUAUGAAGAGUACAUUCACUGUGCAAGCAAUGUACAAAAGGGUGCUACUACAGUUUGUGACCCAACACUUUCAAAUCUCAGAAUGUAUGGAAGAGGAUAAAUUACCCUCCCAUAUUUUAGAUGACUUUUCUCUUCCAUUGGCCAUCCCAGGGUGCAUCUGAGAAAAUUCAUACUCCAUCUGCUCCACCAAGCCUACUUCCUUCCUCUUCAUCUUGCUUUCCCCACCAAAAAACUUGUAGGUUAAGUUUUAUAUUCAAGCACUGACUAUGGUUCGAGUGAUGAGAAAUAUUUAUUCAAAUAAUGUAGCUUAAUCAGGUACCUUAUCUGCUAUAAAUUGGAUUGUGUCACAUACACAAAGUCAUACAAGAGUAUGACUCCCCAUGAGUAUGACCAUCUAAGCAGCUUUAGAUAUGUUUAGGGAAAAUGCAAGGGGAAAAAAAGGAAUUCUUUCUUUUUGCUUAAGAUCAAGGAGGUUAGUAAAUUUCUCUAAGAUUUUAAGCUAAAAGAUGGUAUUUUUACCAUACUUUACUGAUGAUCUUCAAAAUUAACAAAUCUUUGAGUAAGGCUAAAUAUUUUGUUAUGCAUUUCCACAAUUAUAAAAAUCAUCAGCAAAAUUGUACAUGUAUUUUCCAGUCACUUGUGGAUCCAAGGAAAUGGACCAUAUCCAGAUGAAUGCUUCCUUGCAUGUCAUGAUCAGCAAGAGUAAAAAGAGUGUCUCAGCAGUUGAGAGGUUGACUGUGGCUCUACUUCUUACAGAGAUCAGAUGAUCCCCACUCCAGUCUUUAAUACCUAAUUUCUUCAUCUUAGCUAUCCUGACAUGUUUGGCCACGAAUGAGGAACAACCAGAACUGCAUUCUUCAGGGUACAUUUUACUUAACUUUUCAUAAAGUCUUCAUCGCUUGGAAAAUAAACAUAACUGAAAACAUUAAAAAAGGUUUGAGAUAAAAUGAAAGCCCCAAUUUAGCAUAACUAUUCAGAACAGGAAAAGUUUCCCAAGAAAAGGAAAAGAAAUUGAAGACUAUAUUUGACUGUAAAACCAGAAAGCAUCAACAGAUGCUGAAUUAGCUGUCACCCAAGUGUUGUUUUAGGUAACACUAGAAUUUGCUAAAAAUAGCUACAAAAUCCCUUUUAACUUAUGUCAUAUAAAUGAAAUUUUUGCCAACAGUGAAGUUUUAGUAGUAGAAGAAUAAAUCUUGCUUUGUAUUUUUAAAAAAGGGAAAAAAAAAAAAAAAAACCUCACAUCCGUGGCAUGUAUCUUCAGGAGGACAGAGAUGAUGUAGGGCUCAUGGGUCAUCACUGAAGUAGGACAAGUAUAUUCUCCACUAGUAAUAAAACAAAUAAAGUUUUGCCAAAUGAUUUUUGCUACAGUAUUUUAUUUCGACUUACUUUGGUGGUUUUUAGUUUAAAAUAAAUCUGGCCAACUUGUUCUUUUUUGCCUAUUGAUUGUCAACUUUUUUUGUAAGCCCAUUGUGUAAUUUAUGUAUUCAGUGUCUUCAACUUAGUUCGUAAGUUCAUUGUUUUAAAAUGAAGCGUGUUUUUUUAACCUUCCUAGGUUUUCAUGGAAAUUAUAAGAAUAAUAUUCAUCAGUUCUGUGCUGAUGCAAAAUAACUGGAUCUUAUGUGUUAUAUUACAUCGAAAUAGAUGCACAGCAUAGACAUUUUUAAAAAAUAUUUAACUGCAUUUUUUGAUCUGUCAAAAUAGAUGGGCAGCGUAGACAUUUUGUUUUUUAAAUAUUUAAUUGUAUUUCUUGAUCUAUCAAAGAAUGGCACAGCAUAUAUAUAUAUAGUCAUAUAUAUAUGAAUGUGUAUAUAUAUACUUAUCUACUAUACUGAAAUAGUUCAGUAUAACUUGAGAGAUCAGUGAUCAGAGCAAGUCUUGGAUGACUGUUUGUUGUGAGUUGAUCCUUCCGGGAUGGCCCAAUCCUCCCCUUAAGUGGACUCCCACUUUCUAAAAGGAAGAAAGUAGGGCGCAAGGUCUUGAGCGCCAAACGCUUCCAUCCUGUUCAACUGCCUUGUCAUUUCUAUAUAAUACACUGUCUUAAGACUGAGCCUCGGGCAUUGUGGCAGGAGGGUUCAGACAUAAUAGAAGCUGGAAUUCAUCCUCUAUGAUCCCAUUUCAGUACUGCGCACAGCAGAUUCACACUCCUUUACUGCCUUUAGUUUGGCAGUUUAGUUCUUUCUAAAUAAGGCUUUUGUUAUUGAGAGUUUAAGUCCAAUGUUUAGCCAAAAUCGCUAAAGAAAAACUUCAAGGGGCAAUGUGGCAAAAAUAGAAGGAUAAUAAUUUGCUAUAUUCAACCUAGUAUAUCAAACUCAGAAGUACAGGUAGUUGGUUGGGUGAAGUUCCCUAUUUUUAUCUUGGUAGUUUUGCACUGAGGUCUUUCUUCCCAUGCUUAUAUUUCCAUCCUUGUGAUAUCAAAGUUCUGUAGGGUGAGAGCGCUGUAGAUGAACAACUUGGAGUCUAAACCUGCCUACAGUCAAGCCUCCAUGAACUAACUCUAGUGUGGAUGAGGAGUUUCCCAAAACAAGGUCCCCAGCAUCCAGUGAUAAUAGCAGUCACUUGUAUUUGAUUGAUAAGUCACAAAAUGUGCCUAUUUUCCCCCAUUAACCAUAACUUCCCACAAUGAGGCAGAUCACAAUCCAAACACUUUUAUAAACAUGUGAUGUAGAUAUAUACACAUGUAUAUUCUGUAUAUAGUACGAUGGUGUGAGUGCUUACAGAAUGUACUUCUGUCCUAGGAUUGAGGAAUUGGGAAGGGGUUUUCUGAGGCUGCUGGGUGACUCAUGUUUUUGUUCAGCAUCUGAUAUCUGUAUUCUUCCCCUCCUUGCUUGUCUCUCCCCCUUUUUCUCUACCUUCUGUCCAUUACUACUACUCUCUGUUUCUGACUGAAGCAAAGAACUACUCAUUGGUUUUCCAAUUACUCAGACCUGCCACCUAGCCUUCUAAUAAUGCCAGUGGUCUUCUGGAAAGAGCAACAGAAUCCAGCACAAUCUACAGUAUUAACAUUAGUCCAAAGUCCCAUGUUUGUAUCAGCUAACAAUCUCAUUCCCAAAAGGGUUCAUGCCCACCUGAACCUUCAAGAUCCAGUUUUGCAGGGACUCAGUAGGACUUACGUAGCAGAGUAUGGUAGAGCCAGUGCACAGGAUACAUAACUCCCCAGGCAUCUACUGUGUUAAUACCGCCAGGGGAGUCAGUUUCUCAGAGCUUUCAUUCAGUCAUCUGCUGCAGUGGGGAUUCUUUCUCUCCAUCUCAUUAGCAUGGCUCCAUUGAUUGUUUCAGUGCUUGUUUAUUAAUGGAAGAAAAAUAUAAAUUGAGUUUCACCAGAAUGAUCCUUUGAAGUACACUGAAAAUGUACAUGUACUGUAUGUAUUACCGUAGAGAUUGGAACCAACUUAUUGUAUGUAAAGUUUUAUGAAUGGUUAUUUUAUAAUUUAUGUAUUUAAUAUAGGAAUCAAUAAGCUCUGGUGUUUUAGUUUAUAUAAAAAUAAAAAAACUGCAUUU